GCCGGGUUUCACAGACAUUUGAGGCAAGAAAACGAUACAGUAGACUCUGUUCCUGUGAGUUGUUGGACAGAAAGGGUGGGUGCCUCCAUGAUGAAUUAUAACAGCAGUGACGAAUUUUACUGGGAUGCCAAAGGUUCAUACCUCGAGAAUUGCAUUUUUGCUGGUUAUUACUUUUUGAUUUUCAUCCUAGCAGUACCUGGAAACACCUUGGCAUUGUGGGUCUUUGUCUACCACAAGAAGAACAAGACCUCCACUGUAUUUCUCAGGAACCUGGCUGUGGCUGACACCAGCUAUGUGAUGAUUCUCCCAAUGCGCAUUGUCUAUCACAUAAUGGACAGCAACUGGCCCUUUGGUGAGGUACUUUGUCGCAUUGUGGGCUUCCUCUUUUACCUCAACAUGUACUGCAGCCUUUACUUCAUGACCUGCAUUAGCCUUGACCGUUUCAUUGCUGUAGUCUUCCCUGUCAAAUCCUUGAGACUCCGGAAACCCCUUUAUGCUAACAUAAUAUCUGUAACUCUGUGGAUUAUCCUUAUCAUCACCAUGUUUCCUUUACUCAUAUCCAGACAAACCAUACAAUUAAAGAACUGUACAGUCUGCAAGCAACUUUACAGAGAACAAAUGUCAGACAGAGCACUUGUUUCACUCAUUGUUGCCUUUGCCAUCCCUCUGGUCACAAUUGUGGUCUCAUAUUUACUGAUAAUACACAAGUUACAGAAAAUGCACCAGGAGAACAGACCCAUGAAGGAAAAAGCCUUUAAGAUGAUUAUUUUGAUCCUGGCAAAUUUUCUUGUUGCCUUUGUGCCUUAUCAUAUUAACCGGGUCAUCUACAUCAGCGCCUUCAACAGCAAAGCUGUGACCCUAGACAAGAUGGCUUAUCUGGCUUUCACUAAUCGCAUCACAUCCUCCCUCACCUGCAUCAGUGGAGUUUUUGAUCCUGUUAUGUACUUCUUUCUCACGAAGACAUUCCAAAAGUCACUGAUGAAUCUGUUCUGUAGGAAAAAAACCUACAUUGAAGAACAGAUGAGCAUCACAUGAUGAGAAUUUUCCAUUUGUAAAAAGUGUAAAGGUGUAAAGUUGUAAAAAGAGCUGAAAAGGGUUCCAUUUUGCUGAUCUAUUUGAAUGUAUUUUUUUACGUUAUUAUGUGCUCAGGGUACAUAUUUUGUGAAAAGCUCAAAUUCUUUAUGGUGAUUUAAAAAGUUGGUGGGAUAUAAUAAGCUAAUAUAAUAAAUUAAAAUGAUUUAAAAAGAGCAUAGGGAAUUUAUUUUGAAAUGAAAGAAAGUACAGUAUACAUUAAACAAACUUUAUAAUAUAUUUUUAUAAUUAUAUCAGUCUGAGACUGAUAA